GGUGAGAACCAACGUCCAUUUGUGGUGCACGAGGUGAUCGAUCGUGGAGGUGAGGCUGUGAAGGUGGCGCAAUAUGUGGACAUUGGCCGUUACACUGAUUUCAAUUACGGUAUGAUUGUUGGACAAUGCGCCCGAAGAGAACGUGAUUUCGGUGAUAUGGUCUGGUGGGGUCCGGGAUAUGGCUAUGGCAACAUGGCAGGACACGAUAUUCUGGCGUUCAUCGACAAUCACGACAACCAGCGUGAUGCCAACCCGUACGUUCCCAUCUACAAGUAUGGUGAUAACUACGCAAUGACCGUUGGCUUCAUGCUCGCCUAUACGUACGGUUAUCCGCGUGUGAUGAGCAGUUACUACUUCGAUAACAACAUACAAGGACCGCCAAACUAUGGACGUGAAAGUGGAUAUGCG